AUGGAAGUUGAACCCGUUGUUGUAGUAGAAAUGGCGGGGAACCAAAGUCAAGAUGGAGCCGCCCACGCUCGUCAGCUGAACGAUGUGGCGGAGGAAGAGGAAACCUCGAGGACGAUGGAGUACUAUAUGGCCCCAAGGCCGGCGGACAUUGAAUCACCAAUCCUAUAUCCUCCAGUGGCGGCAAAAAAUUUCGAGAUCAAGCCGGCUCUAGUGACUAUGAUACAUAGCAAUUCUUUAUUCCACGGCAUUGAGUGCGAGUCACCAAGAGAGCACGUGCAGAGAUUCUUGGAGCUCGCGGGGAGCUUGAAAAUCAAUGGUGUACCGGCCGAAGCUUUGCAACUAAGGCUUUUCCCGGAUUCACUUUCAGGGAAAGCACUUAGGUGGCUUAACAACCGCCCACCUCAGUCAAUCACCUCGUGGGACGACCUCCUCAACAAGUUUAUGGCUCUUGCCCGCCUUCGAAGACGGCGGAGUGGAGAAAGAAGAUCACCCAUUUUGAGCAAGAAGAGGACGAGACCUUGA